AUGGUUUCGGAAAGUGUUUCAUAUUAUGAUGAUACUCAAAAAGGAAGGGAGAGAUAUGAUCGCAAGUUACAAGUUGAAUCUGGUAUAUUUUAUGAUGAUAAGUCACUUUUAUCCGAAACUCGUGAUAAUCUCGAAUUCAUACAAAAACAUCGCGAAAAAUAUUCAGAUUUUGAUAGCGUUUCACAUCUAGAAUUUCAAGCGAAAAAAGGGCAGCGAUAUGGAAUAAAUUCACAACACUGGAAUAACGUUGACAUGCAUAAAUUUGAAACGAUCUCUCAUGGAGAAUAUUCUUAUAAGAAAGGUGAAGCCGUGGUUUCGAAAGAUUCUAAUACUGUUUAUGGUCAUGAUGUAUCGCAGACAAAUAUAGAUUUUGUUCCUCAAAAAGAUGGGUCUGAUAUUCCGAUUCGGGACAAUAAAGAUUUUUGGAAGAAUGAAGGAAUUUUCGAUGUCGAUACGGUUACACAUCUGAAGUAUACUGUAAAAAAUAAUGAAAAAUUCGAUCCGACGAGGCCACAGAACGUUGUUUAUGAUGAUGAUACAUUUCAAUCUGAAUCACGAAUGGCCGAUGAAUUUACGACCAAAAAAAGUGAAGGGUCUGAAAGGGAUAAUGAGGAAUUUUGUAAGAAGGAAAGAAUUCAUGAGGAAAACAUGUUGACACAUCUGAAAUAUUCUGCGAAAAAAGAUGAUGAAUUCGACAGUUUGAAACCACAAGACUUAGACAUCCUUUAUGGUGAUAGCACAUUUCAAUCUGAAUCUCAAACAGCUAAUGAAUUCACAUUUAAAAAAGGUGAAAGAGCUGAAGUUAUUAUUCGGAAUAAAGAAGAUUUCUGGAAGAAAAAAGAGGCUCUUGAUGCGAGUACAGUGACACAUCUUGAAUACUCUCCAAAGAAGAGUAGCAAAUUCGAUAUCUUGAGGCCACAAGACUCUAGCAUUCUUUAUGGCGACGGCAAAUUUCGGUCUGAAUCACAAACAGCUGCUGAAUUUACGCAUAAAAAAGGUGAAAGAGCUAAUGUUAUUAUUCGGAAUAAUGAAGAAUUUUGGAAGAAAGAAGGUAUUAUGGUUGCCGAUACAGUUACGCACCAAGAUUUUUCUCUUAAAACUAGUGAAAAUUACGACAGAGUGCGACCAAAAGAUUCUGUCAUUCUUCAUUGUGACGACUCAUUUCAAUCUGAAUCGAAAAUCAUUCCUGAAUUCACGCUCAACAAAGUUGAAAGAGCAGAUAUCCAAAACAAUAAAGAAUUUCAGCAUAUAGUUAAAAAUGUUGUUCAUAAUAAUGGCAAAUAUGAAAGAAAAACGGAAAGUCACGAGGAUUUCGCAGUAAAAAUCAGCGACACGCAUAAAACAGAUGUUAACGUACAGCGGAAUGAUGGUUCCAAUAUAUUUAGUGGAGUUGGAUCAACGGCGAUCAAUUCUCAUGCUAUCACUGAAUUCAAAAAAAACAGAGAAAAGAGAGCCGCGGUGCAAAAAAAUUCUGAAUUUUGGAAGAAUGAUAGUCCAUUCGAUGGGCAAAGUACAGUUCAGUCUGAUUUCACAGUAAAAAAAGGAGAAUGUUACAGUAUUGUGAAGCCAAAAGAUUCAAACAUUCUUCACACCACUGCGCCAUUUCCCGUAGAGACCAGUAAUAGAGUACAGUUCACUCCAAAGAUAAUAGAACGAUCUGGUUCCGUGCGACCUAAGGAUUCAGAUAUUUGGCAGGUUGAUUUUUUAUACAUUCGAUUGCUUUCGUCGUUUUUUAUCAGAAUUAUUUUAUGA